AGUCCGGGACUCCGUUAACACGUGUUUGGGGACACUUUCCGGUGUUAACUUUUUUAGCUGCGAAAAACCUAUAAAUUAUACUUUUUUCAGACAACAAACAAACAGGUCUUUGUGUAAGCUUGGACUGGCAGGUGAUACAAUUUGCAUCUCUUAGGAAGAAGAAGAAGAAGAAAAGAAACCCAUCUAUCAAUCUAUCGUCCUUCUUCUUCUUCGUUAAUCUCAGAUUUUACAGACACACGCAAAGGAAAAAAACCCUUCAUUUCAUAAUUCAGACUAGGGCUUCUUCUGAUUCAUGCUCCCUCGGUUUGCCUGCUGCUGCAAUUGGUUUUCAUUCAGAUGAAAAAUCCGUUCUUUGGGCUUCUCCGGUCAUGUAUAGUGACAAUUUAAUUGGGUUUUGUCUCGCCGUUGCUUCUAGCGCCUUCAUCGGAUCGAGCUUCAUUAUCAAGAAAAAGGGUCUCCAAAAGGCUGGCGCUUCCGGCCCUCGUGCUAGUUCUGGGGGUUAUGGGUAUCUGCGGCAACCAUUAUGGUGGAUUGGCAUGAUCACGAUGAUUGUUGGAGAAUUAGCCAAUUUUGUUGCGUAUAUAUAUGCUCCUGCUGUCCUUGUAACACCUCUUGGAGCAUUGAGUAUUAUUGUCAGUGCUGUUCUUGCUCAUUUUCUAUUGAAGGAGAAACUUAAGAGAAUGGGAAUUCUAGGUUGCGUCUUGUGUGUGGUGGGGUCCACUCUGAUUGUUCUUCAUGCGCCCGGUGAACAUAGCCUUAGUUCAGUUGAAGAAAUAUGGGAAUUGGCGAUACAACCGACUUUUCUGUUGUACACGGCCUCAGCUGUAGCAAUAGUUCUUGUGCUGGUAUUGUACUGCGAGCCUCGGUUUGGGCAGACUAAUAUAAUGGUUUACAUUGGCAUAUGUUCGAUUAUUGGCUCUUUGACUGUCAUGAGUAUUAAAGCAAUCGGCAUUGCCAUAAAACUGACAUUAGAGGGUUCAAGCCAAGUAGCCAGCCUUCAAACAUGGAUUUUCGCAAUGGUGGCUGUUUCGUGUAUAAUCACUCAGUUGAAUUAUUUAAAUAAGGCCUUGGACACUUUUAACACUGCAGUUGUUUCUCCAAUAUACUACGCCAUGUUCACAUCAUUGACGAUUUUGGCCAGUGCCAUUAUGUUUAAGGAUUGGGCAGGUGAGAGUGCAAGCAAUAUAGUUUCAGCACUUUGUGGAUUCAUUACAGUGCUUUCGGGUACCAUGAUUUUGCAUAGUACUAGAGAACCCGAUCUUCUUCCCACCACAGAGUACUCGACAAUUUCUCCUCAAAUUUCAUGGAUCAUCCAUGGGAACGGUGAAAUAUGGAAAUACAAAGAGAACGACGACUUGAAUCCAGAAGUUAUUGGGUUAAUUCGUCAAGAUCACUUUAAGUAGUAGAUGUAGCUUUAAUGAUUGUGGUUGCAGAAGACUCAGUGUCUUGAAGAUGAUACAAACAGGAAGAGUACCCGAGACGAGACAAUGUAGAUUUCGACGUUUUCGGCCAUCGGGUUACAAAUAUAGCUGAUGGGUGGACCAGAUUUUUUUUUCUUUCUUUCACCAAGGUAGUAUGGUUAUGUAGUUUGUGCCCUGAUUUCUUCUUCCAUUUGGUGUAGAACAAUAACACAUUUUUAUAAUUCCUUAUUUAUUUGUCUGUAUCAAAAAUUGGUUUGUCGUU